AUGGUCAGGAGUUUCCUCCGGGGCUGCCGGGCGAGGUCCUCUGGUCACUCAGCUCGAUCUGGCGGGUACGGCUGUAGCAGGUUCCUGUUGCCGGUCAGAGCGAGCUCGCUACUGUCGCACAUAGCCGCCGUGGACAUGAAAUGCUGCCACUUCGUCGUGACCACCUUGACGGCUGUGUGCCUCAGAUUGCUUGUAUCCAAUGUGAUACUAUUUGCUGCAACUACUCACGUACCGCCUUCUCCGACGCCUACGGGUGGAGACAACAACGAUGCCGCUCCCCAGCUAGCAGACGGGGCCGCGAGCGGUGUCGGGACUGUUGCCUACGACGCCGGUACUGUACACGUUGCCCCACUUGGACUCGCCCGCCCUGUUACUUUGCCUGGCACCGGCACAACAACGUACGGCGAGCUUAUGGUGAAUGUUUUGAGAGACGAGGCAAGGGAGCUACGGCGAAUGUGGGGAUGCGAAGAGAGUUACAUAGUGGAGAACGCCGGCCGCCAGAUACUACGGCACGACAGUCCACCCACACAGUCUGAUGUCAACGAAUGGAUCGCCAGGGCACGCUGCCGGUACCGGCACCGAUUUGAGUCACGCCUGGGGGAAGCCGCCAAUCUCGAGAGGCAGGCAACCGCGCUUGCAGACUUGCUUCGGGCAGAGGGGGUUCAUGUGGCGCAGACGGAGUCUCCGCCACCAAGUAGUUCGAGCGCGAUCGCUGAGACGCCUGCCGCGGGCACCGCAGAAGCAUCAGCGCCUCUCCCGGGGCCUGCGCCUAGCGUGGUUCCAUAUGUGGUCGCUGGACUUGCGAGUGUGAGGGCGGACGCCCAAAAGCUCCGCACGCAAAUUGAGGACCAUGAGCGAUCGAUUUCGACAGCAAUUGCAAAACGCAUGUUCGAGUCGCCCACAGUACACCCGACGGAUAGCAAUGUGGCAUACUGGUCCCGACGAGUACGAGUCGAGGCGCGUGUAAGGGACGGACGGCAGGCAAAGUACGCCGAGGCGCUGGAAGCCCAAGCAGCUCGAGCUCAGCGUUGGCUAUCGUCAGGAGUCUGGGAGAUUGCCGCGGAAUCCUCCAGCGGCGCAAGCGCUCCUGCGGGCCCUGGCGCUCAUUCGGUUACAGUCGGCUGUGUACAAGCUACUCCCGACCGACCGGAGCACACGCUGACGUUCGCAGAGCUUGCCAUUAUCAAGAUAAAGGAGGAGGCCCGUCGACUGCGGCAAGAAUGGGGUCGCGGCGAAGGCAUCUACGUCGCUCAGCAUGUGGCACACAACAUGUUAUACAACAGCGACUACAGUCCAACGGAUGCCGUGCUGCGGAGCUGGCAGAGCACAGCGACAAAGAAUAUCCGACGGCGCGCGCUGCUCUGA